AAAUUAAACUCUAUACAUUCGAUUUUGCCAUCGAUUGUUUCACAGCUCCUUUAUCUGCCAAUAAGUUUUUAUUAUUUAGAUGUUUGGAAAACAAUAAUUAUGUUAUUAAAUAUUAUUACAAACCAAAAUUUUACAUUUGCUAUUCGAGUUUAUCAAAAGUGUAUUCCUAAUGUACACAGUGUAAAACUUCACAUAUUUUCAUACCAAAAAAUUGGCUACAGUAAAUAUUUGAAUGGACGGUUUAUUCAUAGCUAUAUUUCAUCAGAUAAAAAUGUAUCUAAACAAAUGACUAAAAUUAAAAUCCAUAGUGAUCCUGUGCCAGUAAAAAAUACCAACGACCCCUUCGCACUUAAUGAAACAGAAGCAUCAACUUUUAAAUUUAAAUCGCUGUUAUAUGAUGAAAACAAGGAUGAAAUAAUAGCAAAGCUUAAUGCUUGUAAGGAUACAACCCAACUAUUGCAGUUCAUAAAAGAAUACCAUGAGGUAUUUAAACGUAACCAUAUUGUUCAGUCAAUAUUGGUUCUGAAAGAUAUUUUACAGGAACGUAAGGAUUGCUUAGUUACAGAAGAAUUGUUAAAAGUAAUUUUAAGGGUUUUGGAACCCCACGUAAAUUCAUUAAAUAUUACAGAACAAAGUUGUUGUUAUCUUUGCCUCCGAAAAUUUGGUGUCCCUAACACUAAUUUCGUUAUGCAGCAGUUGCUCCUGUGUGCACUAAAGAAGGUCUUUAUUUCGUCACCAGAUAAACCAAUUGCGUUAGCUGCAUUAUCUCGAUUAGCUGUUGGUAUUAACACUGGCGAUGAUUUUCAUGUUCCUACAGUUUGUAGUGCCUUUAUUCCACAUAUAAUGUCCCAUAUUGAACAUUGUGAUAACGAAGAAGACUUGCGUCUUCUUUCAAUAUGCAUAAUAAACCUACAACCAUUAAUUUCGACUGAUAUUUUGGAAACAUUUAAAAUAAAAUUAGAUCUUUUAAUUAGAAAUGGUGUUAUUAACGCAAAAACUCCUAGAACGACAAUAAAACUACUACAUUUAUUAAAUAUUUCAAUAUGGUCACAAAAAAAUGGUCAAAUUAUACGACAGCUUUUAUUAUUGUUAUAUCCAAGUUUUUCAAAUCUUAAUAAAACUGAUCUUAAAACCAUAAGUAGAGUUUUUAGUUACCAUUUAGAACCAUCAGAUCUAAUUAACCCAUUUAGCAAAUUGAUGAAAAAUUUACUUCAAAGGCACCAAACGGUCGAUGUUCUCGCCGCCUAUUUACCAUUUAUAGAACCUCGUUGGCGAGAGCCAACCAUUAAAAUUUUUAAAAAUUUGCUUUUUACUUCCGAAAAAAGCCUAACUACAUAUCCAGCCACCGAAUAUUUUCAAAUAAUUCGUGCUUUAAAAAUAUCAGAUUCGAAAAUAUGUGAUGCAUAUUGGGCGAAUAUUUUGAAAUCCUUAAAUUCGAAUGAUGAAGAGAAAACACACCUUCGGUUUCUAAGACACUGUCAUCGUUAUAUGCAUUUUAAUAAUAAUUUGGGAGGAACAUACCGCUUCAUUCCUCUCGAACGGAGGCUCUCUCAAUUGGCUAUGGAAUUGAUAGAAAAUGAUGUAUCUGGACGACUACCAUCAAAGUUUGCGCGUUUAGCAGCUUUUGUAUUAGCAUAUGGUCAUACACCUUUUGGAUGGAAAAAGUUUCCUAAUGUUGUACUUUCCAAGAUUAUAUCCAUGUCUAGUCAAUUCAGUACUAUAGAUUGUUUUCUUCUUAGUCGUGGGGUUCAUAUUGCUUUGGAAUUGCGAUUUCGUAAUACGAUUCCUUCGUUAUUGGGUAUGCAACUAGCUACUAUAGAUAGCGUAUUAACCGAUUGCAUUGGACGGCAUUUGGAGAGCAAGUACUUGUCGAUUUUUGAUUUAAACACCAUAGUGCGAACACUUGGAUAUAGAAAAUCUUUGAAGAAUAAAACAAUUUAUCAAGAAGCCUUAAACAAGUAUAAUCAACUUGAUUAUAGUGAACUUAAUUCACGUUUAAUUCGGGAAAUGGCUUACAAUUUCAAUAUAUCAAACUGCAUUGUACCUAUUGCUAUGGAAGCAAUGUUCACAUACAUUGAAACUAAUCAGAAAUACGUAAUUGGCGAAACUGUGGAGAAAGUUUUAAAUUGCGCUUAUAAUUUAGGUUAUAUGCCACAAUCAGAAGCUGUACUUAAUAACGCUGCAUUUAUUUUAAAACGAGACUUCGAAAAUAUGAGUGGCUUGUCGAUUGUGCAAGCAUGUUUGGCGCUAUGCUACUAUAAAUCGAUGCCUGAAGAUCUUAUUGACAAAGUUUUUUGUGUUAAAUUUAUUCAAAGAAUAGAAGAGGAGAUUCACGUGUGUUACUCCAAGGCGACUUAUCCCGAACGAGUACUUAACUUAAUAAUGCAGUUAAAUCGGACAGUGUGCCUGGAUUACCCGGAGGCGAAUGUACCAUGGUUUCAACAAAAUUACUUAGAAGCUCAACUCAGUAAAAAACAUAAAACUCGAAGCAAAUUUGGCGACGAUGUCAAAAAUCUCCUAAAUGCAGUUUUAAGCGACGAUAAUUUCUUCAGUUGUAAUCACAUUACACCUUAUGGAUAUCAACCAGCUUUAAAUUGCUCUUAGAAAUGCCAUUGAGCUGUGUACUUAUUCAAGUACAAUUCGUAUGGAGUAUCCUAUAAGAAUUCCAAUCCAUUACAGAGCAAAUUAAGAUUUCACAUCGAGUUCACUCAAUUUUGCUAUUUCGCAUGAUCAAAAUCUUCGCAAGCUUCUUGAUUGCCCAAUUUUAACCUUAUGGAAGGCAUACACGCAACAAUUAGUUGGUUGAUUGAGUUGGGCUAGAAAUUGCCCUUGUCGCUACAUACGACACAACUUUUAAUACAAUUUUUGAGGCCAACUUCAUUUUGAAUAUUCACUUCGUUGCUUAAACAUGAGUUCGGAAGUUGUUGCUUUAUUUAUUAUAUAUGACGCGCUCUCUUUGACAGCCGAAAUAAAAUGGCGAAAUCGUUUGAAAUCGCACGACCAACCCAAACACGAUCCAACUAACACAACCAACUUGACAAAAGAUCAAAAAAUUUUGAUUUUCAUCCAAUCAGUUGGUACAACUCAUACAACUGCCCCAUAUACUUAACAAUCAGUUGUACAAUUCGAUGAAAUUGGUACAAUAAUUGGUGCGUGUAUGCCUUCCAUUAUAGAGCCCAAUAAAGUUAUUUUUGGGCUUUUUGUCUCCAAAUUUUUAAUUAUAUGUACCCCCAAAGGUUCUCCAUUGGAUUCAAAUCAAGACUGGCCACUUUUUAAGUGCGAUAUUGCGUUCUUAUUGAAGGCAUAUACGCACCAAUUAUUGUACCAAUUUCAUCGAAUUGUACAACUGAUUGUUAAGUAUAUGGGGCAGUUGUAUGAGUUGUACCAACUGAUUGGAUGAAAAUCAAAAUUUUUUGAUCUUUUGUCAAGUUGGUUGUGUUAGUUGGAUCGUGUUUGGGUUGGUCGUGCGAUUUCAAACGAUUUCGCCAUUUUAUUUCGGCUGUCGAAGAGAGCGCGUCAUAUAUGUAUAAUAAGUAAAGCAACAACUUCCGAACUCAUAUUUAAGCAACGAAGUGAAUAUUCAAAUUGAAGUUGGCCUCAAAAUUGUAUUAAAAGUUAUGUCGUAUGUAGCGACAAGGGCAAUUUCUAGCCCAACUCAAUCAACCAACUAAUUAUUGUGUGUAUGCCUUCCAUUAAAACCAUUUUAUAAACACGAAUGCUAAAGUUAUCUAUCCCUAUGGCGUCUUUAUCAUAUCACCAAAAAUUUAUGGAAACUAGUUGUUUUACAAAAACAAGCAAGUGUUGCAGACCAAGACAACUUUAUAGGACUGUAUAGAGGCUCAAGUUGGGCAUUCAAGAAGCUUCGGAAGAUUUUGAUCAUACGAAACAGCAAAAUUUAGUGAACUUGAUGUGAAAUCGUAUUUUUGAAGUUAUUGUUUAAAAUGGAGAAUCAAUUAUUUAUUAUGACAUAGAAUUUCUUUUAAGUAAUCCAUUGAUAAAAGUGAGAGAAGGAAGCAGAAUUAAAAUUAAGAUUAAAUGGAAUAUGUGGCAGUGCAGAUUACGACAAACGAUUAACAAAGGUUGACAUUGAUUUUUGUAUCAAUGUAUGUAUGUAUUAUGAUAAACCCUAAUAAAACUACAAACAUGCUAUACAUAUAUCUUAAGCGUCUAGGCAGGUAUUCACUACACAAGCAGAUCAUCACAAAUGUAGACGCAUAUGAUUGAAAGACAUUUUUUUUUAUUUAAUUCCAAACGUACAAUGGUCUUUCUCAAUUCGAACAUAUAUUUUUUUCGUUUUGUCUUGCAGAUUGAUUUUGUAAUACACUUCGAUAAAAAUCGUGAGCCUAUUCCAGCUCCAGCAGAAACAACAAUAUUA